GUGGUGAGAUCUCUUUAAUAAAUUUCUUUUUCCUUUUUAUAUUUCAGUGGUUGGAUUGAUUGGAAGCUCUAAAGAAGGAUCCCACCGACGAUUAUAUUAUCUUUCUCCAUAUAUAUAUAUACACAUUUCUUCAUUACUUUCCCUCCCUCUAAAGAGAAGAGAGUUACUAUCUUGGUAGCUAUGGGAAACUGUUUAUUCGGAGGGUUUGGAGAAGUUGAAGGAGUAAUUAAAGUUAUAACUUCCACUGGUGGCAUCAUGGAGUUUUAUCCACCAAUUACUGCAGCUUGUAUCACUGAUGAGUUUCCAGGCCACGCCAUCUUUCCAAGCCAUGAUCUUUUCUGGAAACAACUCUCUCAUCAUGAAGACCUCUUACCAGGAAAAUCUUACUAUUUACUUCCACUGAAUGAGACCACAGUCACAGACCCUGGUGGCCAAAUCGUCCGAGAAGGCCAUGUGAGAUCAAACAGCAUACCCACAUCACUUGUUUCUUCUUACAGAAUGUCUUGUGAUUAUCAUGGGACGUUAAAGAGGUCAUACACAGAAGUUUUCUCCAAGUAUAAUACAAGUAGUGGGUUUUGGAAAGUGAAGCUUGUGAUCAGUCCACAACAGUUGUUGGAGAUAUUGUCACAAGAGGGUCGCACACAAGAGUUGAUUGAGAGUGUGAGAACAGUUGCUAAGUGUGGAAAUGGGGUCUCAUCAAUAGCAUCUUCUGUAGCGUUUUCAGAUCAAUGGAGCCUCUCCAGCAGCAGCAGAAAUGCUUCAUCUAAGAAAGAUUAUUUGUUAGAAAUUUAGUGAAUUUAAUUUGCAGUUUUCCCAUGUUUUGAUAUAUAAUUAGUCAAUGUUCUUAGCAUUAAAAAAAAGAGGAAAAAUGAUUAAUAUUAUUACUCUUAUUGUAUAUGUU